CUCGAACAUCCAGGAUGACUAAAGUAUAAUACCUCGCUGCCGCCGAGCUUUCAAAUCUGUGUCGAUGUCCCUCCGCCAUCCUUAGCCGACUUUCCACUACACUUGCCCAUUAACGCUAUCAUCGAUAUCUUGCAUCUCAGACUGAUAUCCGAAACUAUGUUUAGACCCUUUGUGACUGGAGUCGCUUUUGGCUCUGCCCUGUCCGCGGCGGCGAUCUACCUACCCGAUGUCAUCGUCGAACAGAUGACCUUUCACAACUGGCACAUGGUCACAACGUUCCUAACGGCUUCAGGCACUAGCACUCUCGUCGUUAACGUAUUCCGACGGUUAGGCUACGUCAUAUUAAGCCCCCGCGGCUUCUCUACCAUCAACCUCUUCGGGCCGCUUGAUGGCAAUAUAAUAGGCGGAUGUAUCUUAGGAGCAGGCAUGACCGUUUCCGGUGCUUGCCCGGGGACCGUGUACGCGCAGAUCGGAGCUGGCGUUCGUUCCGGUCUCUACACGCUAGGUGGCGCGAUGCUUGGAGGCGUGUUCUGGACAGGUUUCCUGCGGCCGAUUAUUCAUAGACGGAAAAAGGCAGCCACAGAGGGAGCAGACGCCGAGAACCACCCCCUGGCCCUUGACGAGUGGCUAGGGACGAGCCAACUAACUGCCCUCGUUGCUGUCGAAACCCUAUUUGCCGGACUCGUGGCGUCUAUAGUAUACCUAUUUUCUCCGGGGUCUUCUGGCUUGGUUGGGUCGGUGACGGGCGGCGUCCUCAUAGCCGGCGCUCAGCUGUUGUCCAUCGUGACACGGAAGUCCCUCCUUGGCACUUCCUCCUCCUUCGAUGAGGUCGGCGACUCUUUCUGGUGGGCGAUGGGACGAGCACCGAAACCCAAGUCGUACAAUUCCGUUGCCCUUACGGCCGGCAUGACAGUUGGCGCGCUAGCUAUCUCCCUAGUAUCGCCAGCCGCGCAAACGGCAGUCGGGAUAACCAUCGGACCCGUCAGAGCUGUGCUUGGCGGCAUACUCCUAGCAGUUGGAUCGAGGAUGGCCGGCGGCUGCACGUCAGGUCACGGGAUUAGUGGGAUAUCACUUCUGUCCGUCUCGAGCUUUGUCACGGUUGCUGCCAUGUUUGCCGGAGGCGUGGGUGUCGCGGCAAUUAUGGGGUGACCGGAGCUGUACGAGAAAGUCUCACCCCUGCGUGCGUAACAGCAGUAAUGGCUGUCUGGCGAAUUCGCUCUUUACUCAUUAUUCACUAAAGCUGAAGGGACAAAAGGAGUUAGAUCGACCAUGGAGAAACGGAGAAACGGAGGCAGGGGGUGAAGGCAAUCGACAUCCUUACUACAUUCCCAGAAAGUAGGGCCGAAACCAAGGCAAUAUCAUGUCAGUGAAAGCCUAUCGUAGAUCCCUUGACGAGCGAAUACCCAAUCUCGGGGAGGAAGGAUGACGGUGGCUCGAAUUCUAGCCGGGACUGCCGAUGAGCACGCGAAACGCCCAAACUUAGGGGCGAAGCGUGAGUAUAGACCAGGCGGGUAUGGUUUAGGAACAUAUACACACAUGUUGGGAAGGGACAGGCCUGGGUCGCCGAUCAAGUAUGUUUAUAAAAUCUCUCCUAUCUAUGAACAUUCAUCUCUCCCCUUGU